AUGUAUUGUUUGGACUGCCUUUUUGGAACAAAAGCAGAUCAGUUCGUCAACUUGCGUAAUUAUCUUUGCGAAACAAAUGGGCGAUUAAUGCUCAAUUGUUUCGGGACGAGAUGCACUGGCCUUUGGGAAGUCAAAAAAGAAUCAAAUUUUAGGACGGGAGAAGCGCAUGGAUUUAUGAAAUCUCCUGUCUCGAAGCACAAAAGGGACAGAGCAAUAGCAGCUACGGUCCUAGAUUGCUUCAAGUCUCCGUUCUGAACUUCGUUCAAGAACUGCACUUUCCCUGCUGUGAAGAAUAGAGAACGAAAAGGAGCCAAAGAGAGAAUAAUUCCAAAGUCAAUGUAGUUGAAGAUGCCAGCAUAUACGUUCAUUUCUUUGGCAUUCAUUAUAUUACAACUCUGUCAAGCAUGGAAAGAAGAACUGGCACCGGAGAGCAAGUUCCAUUCAGCACUGCAAUACCCACACAUAAGCUUCCGUGGAGGCUUUAAGGCGAAUGUGGCAACAGCCAAUAACCUUCCAGCUAACUUUGAUAACGAGAAUUUCUUCGAUCAUGACCAACUCAGCAACAAAUAUGGCGGAAAUGGCCAAUGGAACCCUCAAGGAACCAAUGAUUUCAUUUUGAUCGAUUGUCACGUCACAGGCGCCUGCCCUGCCAUUGGAGAAUGUACGGAGUCUUCACAGAAAGACACAGUUUGUGGCACGCCUGUAACAGAUGGAGGUUUUCGUACAUUUGCAAAGAUGGUCGAUUUAGAUCCAGCACAUCAAAUUGUGCCCGAAAUCUGGGGCAUGAAGAUGCUAUUACCAGGGUUUUUUGAAGGAGAACUUGAAGCUACUCCUUUAACAGAUAAUUGGAUGCGUGGGGUUGGCAUUGGUGACGGCAAAAUGGGUGGAGCCUACCGUUCGUAUUUGAAAGACGUUAUUUGGCAUUCAAAUGCUGAGUCUUCAACUACUGUAAAUCAAAUGAAGAAAAUGUUCCAUGAACUUGGAAGUCAUCGGUUGUCUGUACUAUUUUAUUUGGAUAGGUACAUACUUAGUUUUCAGGAGAGUGAAAAGGGGUUUGCUUUGGGACGAAUCAUUGGUACGAUUGGGGUUUUGGGGCCUUUAAGUCCACCAAGAAGUUUAUGGAGUCGAUCCUUGGCAGCGAUCCACAGAAAACCUUACGAAGAAGACUUUCAACUCGACAAUACGAGCUCCAUUUUUUAUACCAAUGAUGCUUCAUUUGUUGUGGACAAAAAGCAGAAAAAAUUAUUCAUCAACUUUGAAAACAGCUUGAUGACUGAUCAGAAUGGAGACCCUAAAUCUUUUCCACAUAAUACAAAAAUUGGAUAUUUUAAACAGACGUAUGGACUGAAUACUACAAAAAAGUCAAAUUGCAGCCAUUCAACUAUCAUUCUUGACGACACCUCUAAACUUAAUUUUACAAACCUCUUCUUGAACUUUGGUGGAAUUUUAAGCUUGGCUUUGUCUGAUAAGCAGACAGAAGAUUUAGACAGUAUUCCUUUAUCUGUAUUUCAGGUGAAUGACUCACAAUGUCGGCUGAUAAUGCAAGAGUACAGCGAUGGGAUUCUCGUUAAAGCAUACAACAAAUGGGUAUUUCGAUUAGAAGCAAAAGAAACAAUCACAAGUGACGUAUUUGUAACCAAAUUCGGAAAGCCCCUUCCGAACACUGCUGUUGCAGUUUCGCCAUAUAAUAGCCUUUUCGACAGUGUACCUGGUUCUGGGAAAUUUGAAAAUGCCAAAUUUAGUAAGAAAGUGUUUUAUACCAAUAUUACAGGAAUCGCAACGCUAAGAAUACCAACUAUUAGCUCUAAUUUCAGGAGGAAAAGUUUAGAUGGGAAUUUAGAAGGCUAUUACUUCUACGUCCCUUCAAGUAAAAUGCAUGCUGCUAAGGUGCAUAAAAGAUUUUCCAUGAUUGUUGCCCGUGUAUACUCACAAUUUUCAUAUCCCGAAGACAUCACAUGGUCUGACCACAUAAGGCCAAUUUUCCAAACAUACGCGAAUUUGUUUCCUGUAAUGAAUAGCAGAAGUCUUGACCUCGGCAACUACUUCGACGUUGUUGAGCACAAAUCCAUCAUAAGCACAUCAAUGUCACUACCAAUGUCACAUCCAAGUUUUAUGCCAGCAACUAGAGACCUGAGCAAAAAAAAGAGGAGAAUGAUUUUGAAGUGGCUUGCUCAAGAGAGACCCAAAUUGGGCAACGUGUCAGUUCUAUUUACAAAGCAUUAUCUGCUACAGCUUCUUCAAACAGCGUUAGAAGUUACCCAUGCCAGCUUACCCCCAUUCUUAAACGCACUUUGGUCCAUCAAGGGUAAAUACAACAGAAAGGUUGCAUCAGUCAUUAAUAAAGUCAUUAAGCAUGAAGUAAAUAAGAUUGGCAUCAUAGCCUCUUUAAUGUCGACAUUAGGUGGAAGAGCCAAAUUUGUCCACAAAGAUUUUCUUCCCUUUUACCCCGGUCGGUUUCCGGGUGGAAUACAAAGUGAGGUGCUUCUCUCAGUUGAAAAGCUAUCUACAAAGCCUUUUCGCACUAGUUUGUUGAAAGCAAAACGUCCUGAGAUAAACCACCUAAGCUUAUGGUUCAGGAAUGCAGUCUUCCAACAUUCUUUCUUUAAAAAAUAUAAAAGAUGCGUUGGAAUGUAUGCUCGUCAAAAUCCAAGUUGCAGGCACAAAAGGCUCUUAAGAACGAGACAUUACUCAAAUAUUCUUGCAGGGAAGAUGAAGAGAAAGUGUAACUUUGCUACAAAAACUUUCUUGGCUGAAUACUUAGAGAAGCUUAAGAUGGAGAAACCAAGAAGUUCCUUUUUAGAUCCUCAAGAUCGAACAGUAUUCCAAUAUCAUUCAUCAAUCAACAAGCUCUUUGAUCAUAUUCUAUUUGUUCUAUCAUACAUAACAGGGUGUGGAUCGAAUGACACUUUAUUUCGUGCGCCAAAGAAAUGGCCAUUGAAAAUACCUCGCAGAUCAAUUUUCGGUUCCAUUCCAGUCAUAAGCGAUUAUUCUUCAGCUGUCGAUGCGAUUAGACGUCUUAUGAGAAUAACAAAUAGUUUUGAUACAGGAGUUGAAUCACAGUAUAAAUUGUUGCUUUCAAUCGUGCAAGAAUCGUCUUCCUUGCCGGUUUUCAAGCCCUCAAAGAAGUUUCCAAGAUCUGCACUUUAUGCAGCAAAUGCCUUGGCAGAGAAAUCAAAGCACAAAAGUCAAAUAGAUGUACCUAUCGCAAUGGGCAUUGCAGAGCAUGGCGUCUGGCCUAUAGCCUCCAAUCCAAAGAUGCACCAUUUCCCCAACGGUACUCUCCGCAAUACGGCGAUUGCUUUUAACGAUAUUUACACAAGUUUUUUAGUCUACUGUGAACUGUUGUUCAAAACUUCAAAUGACACUUUAAGAUGGAAAUAUCUUGAAUCUGUUGAUAAACUGGCAACUGCAAUGCGAGUUUUGGGGAAGAAGCUUGUCCAGACACCAAUUCAUAAGAGAGGAAAUAGAUAUGUUGGCCCAAACGGUGCACCAACGUUUGAAAUCGAUUUCCAAUUUGGAUUUUUUUUAACUGUAUUGCAUUUUGACACGCUAAGACAGUUGGAAAAGGCUAAAUGGAAAGUAAACGUGUACGCGAAAGAGAGAGAGAAAUUUAUGAAAAAAGGUAUAAACUCGAAUAUUCUAUUAAUGGAAUCCAAAUCGAAUAAAGAUUAUGUUCCAGGAAGCAAAGAAACUUUUGCAGAAAAAAAUGAUGUUUUUAGGCCUUUGGCUAAAAAUCCUUUAGUAGACGUUACUGUAGCUUACAAAAGUCUCUGAAAUUAUAUGCUUUGCGACAAGCAAUUUCUGUAUGUAUCAGAUUUGUUUUUUUGUGUUUUAUUUCAUGAUAACAAGAAUAUUAAGAAAAAGUUUUAUGUGAA